AUGACCGCCGCGCUUCCUCACACGACAGACAAAGACAGGCAGGCAGGCCAGCAAGCAAGCAACCGUGGCGCGCCGGUGAAAGCGGGCUGCGAGCAAGUUGAGCCGGAUCGAUCCAGGGUCCGAGCCUUGCUUGGUUCCUGGGACGCAGAACCUCGCCUGCAACUCGCCUGUGGGCCAGGCAUGUCUCGAUGCGCGCACAUCGAUCGACGAAAGGCCUGGCCCGUCAAGACGUACGGGCCCGCUGCCGUGGGCAAGCCCAGAGACCCUGCGUGCUGCGAUUCGCCGUCGACCCUUCGCCUGCCUUUGGGCGACGACGGCGACCGUCUUUCGUCGAGAGCAAAGAGAAGAAGACGCCGAAGCGAACACCAGGGCCUUACCGCAGGCAUCAAGGAGAGUGUCCUCAUCCAACCUCGCGGGGACUGGUCACGGCAUGUACGUUGCGGCCCGUCCUGCCAGGCCAAGCCAAGGCAGGGCUUGGAAGCAGGUACCGAACCGACCGACACGACGGUUUGGGCGAAAACUUUAUCCCCGCUUGGCCUGUCGGCCUGGCCGGCCCUGGGCUGGAUGGACCCUUUUGUGUGCCUCCUCGUCAUAAGACGCCGGACCUCGGUUCGAUGCCGUUGGCAAGAUGCCCGCCUCGUCAACGCCGUCGAGGUCCGCGUUCGUUUGGCCUCGGUCGACGUCAGACUCGCACAGUCGCCACGAGAUGGGCAAGCUUAG